AUGGAUUAAAUACAAGAUAAUACGGAUGUUAUUCAACCAAUCUUCUAAAAGUUAAAAGAAACUUUUAGUACUCACAAAACAAAGUGUGUUAAAUUUAGAAAAGCCUAACUCAGAAAUUUAAUAAGAGGUCUUCAAGAAAUGGAACAAGAAUUUCAUACUGCAUUAGAAAAUGACUUAGGUGUCACAAUGUUUAGUAGUUAAAUGACUUCAACUAUCAUUACUAAGGCAGAAGUUGAGAAUCAAUUAGCACAUAUUGAUGAAUGGAGUAAGGAAGAAAACGUAGAUACACCAUUUGUAAUAAUCUAUAUCUCUAUGAUAGGUUAUCGGUCCUGGGUCAUCAAAAAUAAUUUAUGAACCUCUAGGAGUAGUUUUAGUGAUAGCUGCAUGGAACUAUCCUCUUUAUACAGGAAUACCACCUAUGGCUGCUGCGAUUGCGUCAGGAAAUUGUGUUAUUCUUAAACCAUCAGAAAUAGCUCCACACUCUUCCAAAGUUAUGUACGAUUUAGUUACAAAAUAUCUUGAUUAAUCUUGCUAUGCAGUGAUAUAAGGAGGUGUAGAAGUUUCAAAAAAGAUUACUACACUUCCAUUUGAUUUAAUUAUAUUUACAGGAAGUCCAGAGAAAGGUAAAUUAGUUGCAAAGGCUGCUAGUGAAAAUUUAGUUCCUUGUAUAUUAGAAUUAGGUGGUAAGUCACCAACCAUUGUGGAUAAAGAUUGUAGUUUGAAUGUUACAGCUCAAAGGAUUAUUUAAGGUAGAUUUACAAAUGCAGGUUAAACUUGUGUUGCUUGUGAUUAUGUUUUUGUUCAUUAAUCUAUUAAAGAUGCAUUCAUUAAUGAGAUGAAGACUGAAUUAAAAAGAUUUUUUGGAGAAAAUCCUUAAAAUUCAUAAGAUUAUUCAAAAAUAGUGACUGAAUUUCAUACAUAAAGAUUAUAAGAACUUCUUAAAGAUCAUAAUGGAUAAGUAGUUGUAGGAGGUUAAGUGAAUGUAAAUCAAAGAUAUGUUGAACCAACCAUUAUUUUGUAACCCUCUGUCUAAUCUAAAUUAAUGACUGAAGAAAUCUUUGGUCCUAUUCUUCCUGUCCUUUUAUUUGAUAAUAUUGAUAAUGUUAUUCAAUUUAUCAAUUCAAGACCUAAACCAUUAGCUUUAUAUUAUUAUGGAAGUAAUAGCAAAAAUAAAAAAUUGCUUGAAUAAUAAACAUCAUCAGGUGCUAUAGUAUACAAUGAUUCAGUUUUCCAUCUUUUGAGUAAAUUUAAUUUAUAUUUUAUAUAGAUCCAAAUUUACCUUUUGGAGGUGUUGGAAAUAGUGGUUAUGGAGCCUAUCAUGGAGUUACUGGAUUCAAAGGUUGUAGUCAUGCAAAACCUGUAUUUACAAAAUCUACUUUGAAUAUCUAUCCAUUUAAUAUUAGAUAUCCACCAUUUACAAAACAUAAGUUACAAACAUUAUCAUUAUUGUAUUAUUAUAUGAUUUAUUUAAUAGUUUUAAAUUUGCUGAGUUACCUCAAAGACAUGUUGUUAAUGCCACUCUUUUUGUUUCCUUCCUUAUUGCUAUGAAAGUAGCAAAAAAUAAAGGUUAUUUAAAGAAGUUUUUGGAAUUAUCCAAGCCAUAUGUUGAUAAAUUAUGGAAGUCCGCAAAUUUAUGAA